AUGGAUGUUUUAGAUCAAUAUUACAGGAAAGUAUUUGAGGAAAGUGGAUGGAAGAUCAUGGUUAGGGUGGUGAGGAUUGGAAUGAGUAUCGAUAGUGAGAUUAUGGGAUUUGAGAGAGAGUGGAUUGUUAUUGUGGUGCUUUUGGGGGAGAAAGAGGGAGAUUUUAUGGUUGAAGAGGAGGAGGAUGAAGGGCAGAAUUAG